UAUGCUUGGAACGCGGCUAAACUCUCUCAAGCCUCACUCAACGUUGUUUUCCUUGGUGUUGCUCUCCGCAAACUUGAUGAGUCGGGAGACCCGGCAAACGCAAGUCAUGAUAGCAAUGUACCAAAACUCCAAUGUUGGUUCUAAGACGGCUACAUUGCCGUCCAUGUCUUAUUUGGUGAGUGUUAGCACGGAAAAGGCUCUAAGCGAUAAGAUCGCCAUUCCGGAGCCGCUGGGUGGGGUUUGCGUCACGGGCGAGCCGAUAGGCAUGAUGACGUUAUACAGCUGCAUGGCGAACCACUGUCCAACAACCCAUCCGUUUCGGCUUGUGGAUAAAUUCAACUGCAUGCUGUUCUAGGCUCGAGAUGCGCCACUGAGGUCGUGUGGGCACCUUUGGUAGGUACAGAUUGCCGUCCAGGUACCCGCGUUUUGGGUUCGAUAUGUGGGUGGGUGGGCGGAUGGAUGGUCGGCACGUUUUCAGCUCUCGUGUCUUUUGAUAUCUAGAACCGUCCAAUAUACAAGGAUAUAUGUUCCCUUGCUACCGGAGAAACCCCAUGCGCACUGUAGGCACACGUGCAUGCAAGGUGCGAGCGUGCUGAUUACAGUAGUAUCAUUGUUUCUUUUUUGCCGUGUAUGAGUGAGCAUGUUUUUCCCCCUUUGGUUACACCCUUGCUGGAAGUCUACAGACGUAGACUCACACCUGUGCAGACGUGCGGUCCCGUAUAGUUUACAUCAAUCUCCAGGAAAUUGCCGAUGGAUGGGGUGAUUCUAGUUCAGCUGUUUACUGCUGGCACUGCCCGUUGUGCUAUAAGCUAGAAUCCACUUUCUUCUCACUGUUUCAGCUCAAAGAGGAUUCAAAUGUUUGAAGUUCCACUUACGCCCGCAUCGAUGUCACGAAAAAAGAAAAGGUGGCAUCAUACAUCAAUGGUACAAGGCUAUGCAUUACAAACUAAGGAAAAGUUCACGCCUUGAAGACAUCCGCUGCCGAGUGCACCAAUCUCUCCCCGGCUUUGU